CGCCCUCGCCAGUGCCUGCUCUGACCUGGCGUAGUGUGGUGCCCUGCGCGUACAGCGGCGCCGUCCCGACUUCUCGUUCUGUAAAGGGAAUAGCCCCCUGCCACUAUCCGCUUCCCCUAUCCCUGCCCCAGCCCGCUUUCCCUGUCUCAGUCCUUGUUUCCCGUCCCCUGCCGCUGUGUUUGUGCGCGGUCGCCCCUUUUGGCGUGGCAGGCAGUGUGUUUAUUGAUAUAACAGCCCGUGUGUCAUCUCCCGCGAGGGCGAAGUCAGGAGGCGAAGUCGCUUGUGGGUUUGUGACAUCAGAGAUUUAUUAUUUGAAGAGCAAGAGGACGUUCGCAGCCGACCUGAUCAUGGCGUCAGGCGGCAACAGAACGAGUUGAAAGGAGGCAAUAUGCAUGCAGGAGGCCCCCCACCCCCCCCGCCGCCGCCGCCCAUCCCUGGCAUCACUCAGUCGACGCGACUUCCCUCCGAGAUCCCCGUACGCCCGCAGCCGAUGAAUCCGCCCGCAGCCCUCGCCGGCGCCAUGAUGAAGGAGAAAAAGCCCUUUACGUACACUCCCGGAGGACUCGACCUCUCAGAAAUCAAGUCCCCCAGGAUGCAGCGCCGCCUCUACAGGAAUGCGCAGUCAGAGGGCGUGCGGCCGUCGCCCUUGGCCGCGCAGCCCUCGCAAAAUGCCACCAAUGCCACGUCAGGGCAGUCGUCUGCGCCUCUGGGAAUGCCGGUCCAGGUUCUCCCUAUGCCGGGCAUGCACAUGGGGCCGCAGCAGCAACCUCAGCCACAGCCCAAGGAGCCUCCCAAGCCCAAGAAGAAUAUGUGUGGUCCUCCGCCACCCCCGCCACCCUUUGCAGUGUCGCCAAACUCUUCCUAUACGCCCUCUGUCGCUUCGCCUCCUGUGAUUACCUCCCCGCCUUUGGACUUCUCCCCUGUGGCGCCUCUGCCCCAGAUGGCUAAGGAGCCGGGUCCGUCCAUACCCGCGGCUCCUCCUCUGCCCCUUCAGGUGCCUACGGCCAGAAGAGGGUCACUGAUCAUUUCCUCGCCGCCUUCUUCACCACUUGUCAGCAGUGAGUCCAGUGACUUCUCGUCGCCGCCUCCUCCACUCCCGCCGCCUCAGCCUGUGAAAGUGCCUGUCACCCCACCAGCUAUGCCGGCACCUUUCGAGCCUCCUUCAAUGCCUCCGCCACAGCAGAAGCCAGUUAUCGAGCCUCCACAAAUGUCUGCUCCGCCGCCCAAGGAGGAAUCUCCUGAAGAAGAAAUCUUUUCAGAUGAAGAAGAGGAAUUCAGCUCUCCAGAGGAGCCAGAGAUCAGCAAAGACAUGCUAGAUCUUGGCAGGCGUGCCUCAUUAAUAGAACCAGUGCUUCCAAGAUCACUGGCAGCGGUAGAACCCCCAGUAACUCAGAGCAUAAAAGAACCAUCGCCAGUGCCUCAGAGCCCCUUCAAAGAACCAUCUCCUACGCCAUUAAGCCCCGUCAAAGAGUCCUUUACGCCGUACACUCCUGUCUCAGAACCAUUUUCUCCGCCACUGAUGCCGCUCAAGGACCCAUCACCCCUUCGACAGACUUCGAUAAAGGAACCAUCGCCUCUGCCCCAGAUGCCCCUCAAGGAGCCAUCCCCACUGCGUCAGGCCUAUGUGAAAGAGCCAUCGCCUCUGCACCAGAUGUCUAUGAAAGAACCAUCUCCUCUGCGCCAAAUGUCCGUAAAGGAACCUUCACCUUUGCGUCAGUAUUCAGUGAAAGAGGCUUCACCAUUCUCCCCGGUUCUUAUGAAAGAUCCUUCACCUCUUCGCCAAAUGUCCGUGAAGGAGCCAUCCCCUCUACACCAGUAUUCAGUGAAGGAGGCUUCUCCAUUCUCCCAGGUGCCUAUGAAAGAACCAUCUCCUCUUCGCCAAGUGUCCAUGAAGGAACCAUCACCUUUCAAAGAAAUGUCUCCCUUGCCACAAACCCCGAUUAGGGAGCCAUCUCCAAUGGCCUACACUCCUAUUAAAGAAACGACGCCACAAAGGACGAUGCUCGUCAACGAAAACAAUAUCAGGCAAGCACCUGUAAAGGAGAAAACGCCAGAGCUCCCGAAGCCGACAACUGCUCGACGAAAUUCAAUUGCCGAUGCUUUGACCCACCUCAUCGAGGAACCCACCAUUAUCUUUGCUCCGCCAGCUGUUAAACAAAUGCCUGCCAGAGAGCCAACCCCAGUGAGACAGAUAGUCCGAGAGCCCACGCCAGUAAGGCAGGCCACCCUUCAACAACCUGUGAUAGAACCUGCUCCUCUUAUCAAAAUAGAAGCUAAACAACCUGUAGUAAAACCAGGACCACAGCCUCCGGCAGCCAUCAGCCAGGCCUCUGUACCAGUAACUUCACCUGUCAAGAAUGCACCAACAGUUCAGGGAAGUCCAAAGAGGCAUUCAGUUCUGCCAGAACCAAUGCAGAUCAAUUACAUCCCCAUAGAGAAGAGCCCAGUAGUUAGUCAGCCACCAGCAACUCAACCCGCUGCAAAACCAAUGCCUGCUACUGUAAACAAACAUCCUGUAGCAAAACAAAUACCUGCUCGUAUGCCUUCUCCUCCCCCAGGACCCGUUGCUACCCCAGCGUCUCAAAGCACAGCAGCACCACGACUUGCGCGCCAGUCGUCCCUUCCCUCGAAACCUUCCCCAGCUCAGGUCACAACUCCCACUGCUCAAAAGGAACCCGUUUAUGUCGCUCCUGUUUCGAGUGACGAAGAUGCCGGUGCCGCAGCCGCACCCAGCGCCAGUGAAAGAGGAGAUCUACGGUCAAGUCCUACGUCAGGGUUGCACAAAGCUCCACUUCCCUGGAUGUGUGGAAGGCCCAGAGAAGUGUCUCCGCCACCAUUGUUCGUCAUGCAGGCCCAACAAACUCAGAACAGAUUACAUCAAAAUCGCAUAAUGAGACAGCACUCAGUGGGCCCAGAGCCUUCCCAUGCACAACCACAUGCUCAAGUGACCGUAACUUCACCCCCAGAGGUCCUUCAACACCCAGGAUUCUUCAGACAGCGUUCCUUGCCUCCCCCUCAGCGAAAUCAGCAGCAGCUGCCACAGCAAAUACCGCAGCCGAUUCCGCAGCAAAUACCACAGCCGAUGCCACAGCCAAUACCACAGCAGAUGCCACAACAAAAGAUGCCACAACAAAAGAUGCCACAACAAAUACUCCAACCAAUGCCACAACCACUACCACAGCAGAUGCCACAACAAAAAAUGCCACAGCAAAUACCACAGCCGCUGCCACAACAAAAGAUGCCACACCAAAUACCCCAACCAAUGCCACAACCACUACCACAGCCGCUGCCACAACAAAAGAUACCCCAGCAAAUGCCACAGAGGAUGCCACAGCAGCAGGCACAAGCGCAGCCGAGCAGAAUACAGCCGACGCGGCCGCAGGCGCAGCCCACGUCGCCGCAGGUGCGCGACAUCCCCAUCAAAGUCCAGACGCCGCACCAGCCGCAGCAUCGCCCGCGGGAGCGCAUCAUUCCUAUCACCAUCGAGAGGGAUUCCCCGCCCAGGAGCACGGCCCCGACGUCCAUACCAAUCAAGACGCCGCCGACCUCAGCGCAAGAACACAUCAUUCCUGUCCAUUUCGAGGGGACGCCCAACGCUGCGCCAAGACCCGGCUUCCAGCAGCCCAGGGCCCAGACCCGGCAAAAUGCACAGCCGCAGCCUAUGCAGCCUAUGCAACCCCAGCAGCCCCAACAGCCCCAACAACCCCAGCAACCCCAACAACCCCAGCAACAACAGAAUUGGGCCAACUCCCCAGGGGCGGCCUUCUCCCCUCCACAGUUCCCCUCGACGCCCCUCAGUGGGAACCCCAGUGGGGCAUUCACCCCGUACAACUCCCCAGCAGGAUUGUACUCGAACAACAAUGCCCUUGAUGCCCUACACCAGAUGCAGCAGAGCUUAGAGCAGCUGAACUCGGGUCUGCAGAAUGCGUUCCCACGAUUCAUUCAGAAAAAAAUGUCGGACUCUAUAACAUCUCGGAAACAACCUAGCUCACAGUACCGACCUCAGCAAAACGGAAAUGGGGUGCCCGGAACCCCAGGGGACGUCGCAGCCAAUGGGGGAGACUUCGCACCUGUGCAGUCCCGCUCCUUCAGGGUCUUGCAGAAUGUCCUUGACCAUCAGGAUCCCGUAGACGGUCCAUCCAAUGGUGCUCCAUUGAAAGUAGAGGUUCCUUUAGGAUCCCCAAGUAGAGGGCAAAAUGGGUCCGUAAGCCAAUCCCAACCCAAGGGCCCAGGUUCAAAUUUUAGAAGCGUUAUUAGCAACAAAGGUGGAGUCACAGCCCAGCAGAACAGAGGAGUCUGGAUUGAUACCCCGCAGCCAUACAGUAACGAAUCAAAGAUCAUACAACAGAAUAAUCAUGAACAGAAGUCCCCCAGCAUUGGUACAAAAAACCUGCCUAAUAGUUUCAAAAAUAAAGUGCAGGUUUCUGUUCAUAAUGAUGAGACCCGAAGCAGGGGUGGUCACUAUUCCAACAGAAAUGCCUGGGCUCCUCCAAAGACUGGUUCAGAUGACGAAAUCUCCAAUUAUAUGCAAGCUCAUGCCCCAGUGUUCCAUGGAGAGUUCCAACCUCCACCAAAACAAUAUAGGCCUAAGCCAAAUCAGCAAAAUACUGUUUAUCAGCUAAAUAAACAGCCUAUAAAACAAAACCAGGCACAGCCACAGCAGCAGUUCCAACCACAGCAACAGCAGCAGCAACAGCCCCAGUCUCAUCUGAAUCAGCAGCAACAUGCAAAGUUGCCGCAGCAGUACCAUCAGCCCAUGCCUUUUGAUAUGAAGCAAUUAAGUGAGUCGAAACCUAGCAAUAGUCCAUCAUCCUCGAAGUUUUUCCGAAUGCUACAGACGAUCACUGAUACUUUGCCUGAAGGAGCUGAACCCCAGGGACCCGUCCACAUCCCCAACAUUAAACCACAGCAGAUGGUGCAGCAGUUCCAACAGCCCCAGCAGUUCCAACAACCAGAUGGUCUGAACAGCUCGGCACCCUCAGACCAGACUGUCCCUGAGCCGAAGAAGUACAUGGGAGGUAAUAUUCCUUCUCGCUCCUUCAGGAUGCUUCAAGCCAUGACAGAUGCUGAUGAUGCCUCAGACGCCGGAGAACCUGCCAAAGUGUCAGAGGUUCCCAGCCCGCCUGGUGAUGACCAAACGCAUGCAGCCAGUCAGACCCCACCUCUUGAGUCCACAAAUAUUACUUCCCCAUCUGUUCUUUCUCCUUCCAUAACACUGACUGAAACAAAUGACACUUCCUCGGAUAGUGGAAUUUCAUCUCCAUCCAAAAUUUCCCCUUCAUACACCACCACUAAAGACAGCAGAGUUUAUAGGAAUGUUGCUCCCAAAAUAACCUUCACUGGGCAGAGGAAUACCCAUGUUGUCAACUCUGCUCUCAGUAAUGCCAGAGACCCUUCGUCUCCUUCCUCUCCAACAUGGAAGUGUCCGACUUUCUCUCAUUCUCCUCGGUCUCAAUCGCCUGUUUGCCAGUCACAGUCGCUGCCUAAAUCUGCUGAAGAUGAACAUGAUUCUGGAUCUGACAGUCCAAGGCUGAUGAAGAUCAUACGGCAAGAAUCUACAAGUCCACAGAACACUGAGAGGCGCUACGAGGGUGCACACAUUCCUUCACGAGUAUUCCGUCACCUGCAGACAGAGUACCCAGCAUCGUCCAAUGAAAGCAAUGAGCUUCAAGAGCCAAAAUCAAGGGUUAAUUCCAAAAGUCCAUCUCCUCGUUACGAUGGAAGUCCAAUACCUCCGAGGGUAUUCAAGUCACUGCAGAAUGAGACCAAUUCAAGCUUUGAUUCUGAUACAACUGAUGGCGACACUCCUUCAAGAGCAUCAAGCUCGUUUGCGGAACUAGAGGAGUACUAUCAUAAUGGGGUGGGCAACACACCUAGCACCAAGGAUACUGUGUUGAAAGAGCUGACAACUCAGUUUGAUAACACAGGUUUCAAAAAGAAGCCAAGAGCUGCUCCAGGAAAGGUCUUCCGUUAUUUACAAACCCAGUAUGAUACUACAGCCGAUCCCCAGCCAGAACCACAGCCUGAUAAUUUGCAGACACCGAGUGAUGAGUGCCCAGGCUUUGGGUACCGAGGCUCAAAGGUCCCUUCACCCUCAUUCAGGUUCUUGCAAAAUCAGUAUCACCAACAGCCAGAUGAGGAGAUACCACAGGAUAAUGAGCCGCUCACACCUGACGCCCCUGCGCAUGAGGUGGAGCCCACGCCCUACAGAGGUGGCCGAAUUCCUGGAAAAACAUUUAAAUUCCUUCAAGACAACAUCACCACUCACCCAUCUGUCCUUCAGGCAAAGAAGUAGAUUAUUUGCCAAUUCAGAAGUAAAAAGGAAACAUUUUCCCAUAAUUUUGUGUUUAUAAUGGAUGUAUAAACUUUUGCAUACAUUGUAGUUUCUGAUAACUUUCAGGUGGAAAGAUGUAUCAUUCCACAAUAACUUCAGGAACUUGCAAGAUAGGAAUUUAAACAAAGUUCCACCAAGGGGACCAAAUUAAUGCAUACUAUUAUUGCAGAAAAGUAAUAUGAGUAAAUCUCAGAUUAACCGGACUUGUAUGAUACCAACACAUUCAUAUUUUCAUUUCUUGUGCAGCAUUAUAAUACAAACAGUAAUAGACUCUUCAGAACAUUCUAAUUGAUGAAACAUUGCACCGAACCUCCCACCCCCGUAUGAGUAGUUAUUUGAAUUUGGACAACAUGACUAUCAUGUGCUUCAGAAUGGCCCCACAUUAUUUACAGAAACUUGCUACUGUAACUUUGUCUUCCUAAGAGAUGGUACUAGUAAGCUUUCAGAAUUGUGUUGUCAUUUUUGAUAAUUUUAUAUUGCAUUAUAUUUAUUACUUUUACUAUGUACACAAAUAAGUAGUUUGUUGUAUAAGAUAUAUUAAUCUAUGAUAUAAUGGUAUGUCUACUUAUGUAGACAUGUACAUUAUCACAAGAAAUCUUAUUUUUUUAUGAAUCAUAAUCAUGUAUUAUAAAUGUGCUUAAUAUUACAUGACUGAGGACUUGCAGAUCAAGAAAUGCAUAAGAACAGAAGAAAUCAUUGCAUUAGAAGAUAAAAUUAUCACAUCAUUAAUUUCAUAGGUACUUGUUAACAUACACAAAUUUUCCAUGAAACAACAGCCCUGAAAUUACACAUAUCACUGUCCUCAUCCAUAUCUCCUUUCCACUGCUAUUCCCUGUUGAUCCACCCAGGCUAAUACGUACCAUUUGCCUUGCUUAUGGUUUUGAAGAUUCCUCACAGUUGCGGGUCCUGGCCAAAGCGAUCUGUAGACAGCCCACUAGCAACAAGCAGUCUUUAAUGUACACUCAGUGAUCAAGAUUUUUUUUUUUGCAUAUAUCAUGUUCAACAGGAAAAAAAAUAAUACUAUGUUAAAUUACACAUGUAGUUCCCAGGCCCCAAUGAAUGUGUUUUUAUACUGUUUUUUAGGAAAAUCCAGCAGGUUCCUCGUUUCUGCUGAGCAGAGUAUAUCUAGUGAGAUUUGUCCUACUAAUUUUAGUGUACAUUACUUAUAAGCCAUGUUUUGGGUUCUACAAACAGAGUUAUGUGGUUUAUCCUUGCUGCAUAACUAUGUACAGUUAGCCUAGCCAAUGUAUGAUUCUUCCUUAAAAUUUCUAAUAAAGCGCAUGUUAUUACAGCUUUGUGCUUCCAUAUGUCUUAAGUUUCUACACAAUGCUUAGAGGUUUUAUUUCCACGCGGAGCAACCCAAAUAGCAAUUACACACAGAGAAAAAGUUCAUGCCACAAUGACUCGUGUCAUGUGGCUCUCCUGCACGGAAGCUACCCAGAAUAAGUGACCUUUUUACCUUGACUUUUGUAAAGCCUACUGGCCCUGUAUACCCUUGUGUCACUGCUGUGUCUUGUGGCUGUGUCCACCUCUAUUUAUAUUGCACUUCAAAAAAGUCUGUUUGAGCUCAAUAUUUAGAUUGUGUCUGACAAUGUGAUCGAGUAGAUUAGGUUUACUUUUAAGGCAUAUCGUAUUUGUAUACCAUUUAUUUAGCAUCUGCUUUUAUUUUAUGUAAAUUGUUUCCUUUUGAAAGAAAUAUAUAUAUAACUGAUUACAACCAUUUCAUCCUAUAAAUCAUAUGCAACACAAUAUGGAUUUAUAUUUGCCAAGAGAGAUUAUUCAUUCAGAAGUCCACCUUGAAUAACGAAAGAUAACUUUUUAAAUGUGAUGGACAUACCAUAGUAUCUAAUAUAUUACCAAAGUUGAUAUAUAUACAUAUACAUAUAAAUAUGUAUCAAUACUGUGCACAUUUCAUUUAUGGAAUGUUAAGUAGGCUUUUGCAAGGGAGAUUAACAAAGAUUAUAGAUCUAGGAGAUGAGACAAUGGUUUAUAUAUGUGCCUUCGUUUUGUAUUUGGAAUGAAAUAAAAUAUUAGUAACA